CGCAGCUGAACAUCAACAACUUUGGUCCCAUUUCUAGCAGUAGGCUAAUGCAGAACGAACUUUGAGUUCUUUUGAAGUACAAUCAAACCAGCCAUUUUGGGAGAAAUGUUUCUUAUUCUAAUCUACUCAAGUUUAGCCAUCCUGGCAACCUGGUAUAUUUUCUCCACUAGCAAGCCAAAUGUUGUGGCUGGUGUGUACAGGAUGCCAGGUCGUGGCUACUGGCUGAAAAGGUUGAUCUUCUUCAUCUUAUUCAAACUGCGAUCUUGUAGAAAGGAAAAGCGCAAUGGAUCUGCUGUGGGAGUGGACAGUAUCAGAGGGUAUGGCAUGGGGUAUAGCUACAAUCAUAUGGAAGCCCCUCAGCCUUUGUCUAGCCACCAACAUGCCAUUGACUGCUGCUACUUUGGCGCCACCAGCAAAGAUGGUGCCAACAUAGUGUGUCGUCUGGCUAGACGUCACAACAGAAUGGCUGAGAUCUGGCUAUUUUUAGAAAUUCCUGGCAUUGGUUGCCUGCAGUUCCCCAGACACCCAGACACAGAGGUCAGCUACACAGAUGGGUCAAGGUAUCAGGCUGGGGGUCUGGUGUUUGAUGUCAUAGAGCCCAUGAAGAAAUGGAAGAUUUCGUACAGCGGAAAGUUAAGGCUAGUCUUUUUUAUUUUUUAA